AUGGAGGUUCAUAGGCCACUGCUACUUAAUGUAGACGUCCAUGCAUCAGGUGAUAAGGAUUCAUCUCUGAGUGUUUUCCCGGCUAGUGUUACUUUGAGUGAUGACGAUGACUGUGUGGAGGUCACUCAGCUAAUCAGGGAUUUGUUUCCUCAGUUUGACGCUGCGGGCAAAGGAAAGGAGCGAGUGCGAGCUGUUGAUGAAGAUGCACCACCGGCAAAGAGACACGAGGAUACCACUAACCUAUGGCCAUGUGUACCGGGCCAAACAAGUCGUCGGAUAGAGUGUCCGGCAGAUGUUGAGCAGAGAGGGUUGGCUAUGAACAUGGUUAUCAGAGCUCAUGGCGGGAAUAUCCGUCCGGAGACAAUGCAUCUAAUGGAUCUCUCGGGACACGCUUUUACGUGA